CUUUCCUUCCCUCCCUCUCUUGCUCUCCUCCUGCUUGCUCCUCUUUCUCUCAUUCUCUCUCGCUGUCGCUACCUUCCUUCGUCGUCCAUCGACGUGAAGCCGAAGAGUCCGAAAUACUGCACAGCAUCGUGACCAAGAUCAAGGCUCCAACAAGGCGCGACAGGGAUAAACGCGCGAGAGAAACUUGCCCCGUGGCACGGCCCACGGUGGGAACACAUCCUGAGAGGGUUUCGCGAAGCCUCUCGACGAGCGGAAAAGUAGAUGGCCGCUACCACGUACAUGCCGGUUAGUAGCGCAGUCUCUACCGACCUGGAUGGUGGUACAGGUACAACGAUCGGGAUGAACAUCGCCGUGGGUGGCUACUCCUCGGGCUCGCCUCGCAGCGCCGCCGACGCCGGCGAGAUGAAGUACAUGCCUGCGCCGCAGCAUCAUCACCACCAUCACCAUCAUCACCAGAUGACGUCUUCGCCGUCGCCGAACGGCCUGUCGCAUCCAGCGGCGAGUCUCUCGUCGGCGAAUCCCUGGGUGAGCCUGCAGCCGGGCAGCGAUCCAUGGGCCGCGUCGAUGGGCAUGCACCACACCACCCAUCAUCCGCAUCAUCACCCGCAUCAGGCGAAUGCGAGCCUCGACGUGAAGCCGUUGACCGCGGCGGCGGCGGCGGCGGCGACGGCUACGGACCAAGGGAUGCAUCACCGGGGACCGCAUCAGUCCCCGGGUAUGGCGUCGCCGCAUUCCUGGCACGCACCGGUCGUACCGUCGGCGCACUACAACCCAAGCGGUGGUGCGGCCUCGCCCACCACCCUCCAGCAGUACCACGCGGCGAUGAACGGCAUGCUGCACCAGCACCCGCAUCAGCAUCCGCAUCAGCUGCACAACCACCAGCCCGGACUACCUCAUCACUUGAGGGACGCGCACAAUCACAGUCCACCGUCGGGGCACCCGCUGCACGCUGGCCAUCCCCUCGACAGGGAUCACAGCGCCGGCGAGGAGGACACGCCGACGUCGGACGACCUCGAGGCUUUCGCCAAGCAGUUCAAGCAACGGCGCAUCAAGCUCGGCUUCACCCAGGCGGACGUCGGUCUCGCGCUCGGUACUCUCUACGGCAACGUCUUCUCGCAGACGACAAUAUGCAGGUUCGAGGCUCUGCAGCUGAGCUUCAAGAAUAUGUGCAAGCUGAAGCCGCUGCUGCAGAAGUGGCUCGAGGAGGCGGACUCGACGACCGGCUCGCCGACGAGCAUCGACAAGAUCGCCGCGCAGGGCCGCAAGCGGAAGAAGCGGACGUCGAUCGAGGUGUCGGUGAAGGGCGCGCUCGAGCAGCACUUUCACAAACAGCCGAAACCGUCGGCGCAGGAGAUCACCUCGCUCGCGGACAGUCUGCAGCUCGAGAAGGAAGUCGUGAGGGUGUGGUUCUGCAACCGACGGCAAAAGGAGAAGAGGAUGACGCCGCCCAACACGCUCGGCGACGGCAUCAUGGAGGGCAUGCCGCCGGGUCACCAGGGUCAGGGUGGCCUCCAUCAGAGUUAUCAUCCGCAGGAUCACCUGCACGGCUCGCCCAUGGGCCACAGCCACAGUCCGCCGAUGCUGAGCCCUCAGGGCAUCACUGCCCAUUCGCUCACGGCUCACUAGCGUUCGCCGGGGCCUCCCCCGUUGGGCCUCGCGAUAACCUCCUCGCAGAACUCGGCGAAUGUGUCGUCGACGGCGGAGAGCCUGCCGCCGUUCUAUCAUCACUACCUUCAGGCGCGUACCGGCAGUUACACGACGUCGUAGCUGACGGACUCGCAGCGACCUUCCUACCUGCCGGACAACGGCGGCGCUCGUUACCGGGACGAAGGUACGGAAUGGUGGCUCGUUCGGCGAGGUUCAACGGGGUUUAACGAGGCCGGGACCGGUCCACCGGGGAGGCUGAGCUGACGCGCUCGGUCGGCGAUCUUUUGUCGACCUUGACCGCGCAACAGGCCAACAGAGAGAGAGAGAGAGAGAGAGAGAGAGAGAGAAAGACAGGAUGGAAGGGACGGAAGAAGGGAAUCUCACAGACGGAAGGACAGACGCGAGAAAUGGAAAGAGUGAACGCGCGCGCGAGCGUGUCAAUGUAUCACACGGCCGAACCGUUCCAGGAGAGCCCGGAUUCUUUCAGGAUAUCGUUCAGGCAUCGAAGUAUCAUUGUCGUCGUCGUCGUCGUCGUUGUCGUCGUCGCUCGGCUCGCUCGCGGGCACCACCGCGGCGCCCGUUACUUUUCUCCAUCGGUGCGAGCGAUGUGUGACACCGACAAGUGAAAGAGAAAACCAGGCAUGAAGAGGAAGGAGAUAAAGAGAGAAGAACCUUUUCAUCGCGUCGUGGAAACAACGACGCGUUCCAGCAGAGAAGCACCGUGUUCGUUCUCUCCGAGGGAUACCCAUAACGACGGCCAUGGUGAUGACGUUCCUCCUCCGCGCGCGCGGCCAGGUCGGUGCCCGUUCGUUCGUUCGUUCGUUCGUUCGUUCGUGAAGUCCUGGCUGAACCGCGGACCUUGUUGGCUGUUUGCUGUUGUUGUUGUUGUUGUUGUUUCAUCGUCGUCGUCGUCGUCGUCGUCGUCGUCGUCGAUGAAAGAAAGUGCUUCUCUCAUCCGGCGGUUACCGUCGGCAGAGAGCAAGAGGAUGGCUCGAUAACGGGGUGCGCGGACGCAAGGUGGACUACUCGAGGGUGCGGCUGAAGGAACAACGAAGGUGUGUGUGUGUGUGCGUGCGUGUGUCUGUGUGCGUGUGUGGUUUCUUUCUUCUCCCUCUCGCUCUCGCUCUCGCUCUCGCGCGAGCAAAGCGCGAGAUCCUAAUAUCGGACACGAGAGAGAGAGAGACAUGUACCAGCGCGACGGGUGACGUCGUCGCGCGCGCGCGCGCGCGCGCGCGGACGUGAUUUCCGCUUGUCACCUGUCGCGAGGAAGGAGCGCGAAGGUCCGAGAGAACGCAACGCGAACGGACGGACGGACGAGAAUGGGCGUAACGCAAGAAAGGAACGCACGUAGGGGCGAGAGAGAGAGAGUGCUGUGUUCGCGCGGGAUUUGCUCGGUGCAAACUCUCGGCGGAUGAUGUAACAUAAGUAAAUAUGGACUGUAAAUAAUGUACUAGAUAAAGCGCUAGUAAGUUAAGUGAGAACGAGAGCAUGAGUCGUCGUUGUCGUCGUCGUCGUCGCCGGCGAGCGAGGGCUUUCGAAAAGCAGAGACGCGGGAGCUGGAAUAAACGGAGGAGAGGGCAAGAACGCGAAGGAAAAACGAGGAGAAUGAGAAGGGAAGAGAAGAAAGAGGAUGAAGGAAGGAAGGAAGGAAGGAAGGAAGGAAGAGAAGAGAAAGAGAGACACAAAGAGUACGCGGCGCGACGAAGUAAAAAAAAAAACAGAGGGACAGAUUAUAUAUAAAAAACAAAAACGGGACAGGGCGCACACAUCGGAGAGGGAACGCGUGUCGGAAAAGCGCGUGCGAAAUCCUAGCGAGACAGCAAGACAGAUCCCCCCUCAUGCGAAAAACCCCUUCUGUAUAAAGAUUUCCUGCCCUCUCGGAUCGCCGAUCGUCCCGCGGACCCAUUUCGGACCCACCGAACUCGACGAUGGGCCCACCAGCCCGGCCCGCCGCCGCUCAGCCGGACUCAGCCGGGGCCCCCGAAGAAGCAUCCAGCCGUCAAGGAUUGGUCGUGAGGAUUUUCGGGACGUCCGGGACGAGUCGUCCGUCGAUCGCGCGCAGUCAGGAUACUCGGGCGGGCCCAAUUGUCGUCGGAUUUGAGCUUACAGAGUUGUCUCGCAUCGUCCUCCUGCAAGCAAUCGUUCCAGAAUCCAGUCGCAGCCAGGCAUCGUGUCAGUGUGGAAAUACAUAAUUACAUAGAAUUACGGUAUAAGUUGUGUUAAAUCAAUGUUAAUCGCUGUAGCGAAGUGGGGUAUUAUAAUAAAUACAUUAUUUUAUGUA